AUAUUUAAACUGAGGUGCAUUACAAAAGUGACAGUAAUUAUAAUACUAGACAACAUAAAUAACCAAUGCUUCGUUGAUGAAAUGCUUAUUAAUUAGCAGACUGUUGCCGCAAGUUUUACCUGUAGACGACACAAAAAAGACUUAGCAGUCACCAUGAUGGAAGAAGCGGCAGACGACGCUAACGGGGAUUCUACGUUCGAAUUUGUGGCGGUCAAAGACACUGCGAUGCACUCCGACACUGCAGAAGCAAAGUCGGAUGACAGUGCAGCAGGAAGCAUGGAGAGGACACAGCAGAUGGCGCCGUCAAGCCCUCCAGUCGUCACGACAGUGCCAACAUCUUUCCAGCCAGCAAUGCCCCCGCAGACGCUGACCCAGAGCCAGGCACCUCUGCGGCCAUCACCAUUCCAGCACACCCAGGUGACAAGUGCCUAUUCUCCAGGUGGCAUGCACCCGCCGCAGGGUGUGACGGCAGCAGCAGCAGCUGCAGCAAUUGCAGCCCCAGCACCUGGAGCUUAUGCAUCUCAGUUUCCGCCACCCCUGCAGCCUGCCUAUCAACCACCACAAAUGGGAGCACAGCAGCAAUCUCAACCGCCACCACAACAGUAUUACACAAGUCAACGUAACUACUUCUACCCUGCAAAAUCUGGUUCGGGUGAUCAGUCCUUCUCAGUCUCCCUGCCUACAGACUACGACCAGAACCUUCCACAGUCGUCAUCUGGCCCUGCUGGCGUUUGGGGCUGGUUUAAGGGCAACGAUUUCCUGAACAAGGUGGCAGAGAAAGCUAAGAACUCGGUUGACUCUAUGAUAACAACCUUGGACCCAGGAAUGAAAGAAUUCAUUUAUUCUGGUGGAGACAUUGACAUCCUUGUUGCCUCGCAUGAUGAGAUCCGCAUCAUUGGUCCUGUCCGCGAGGCGUUUCAGAAGAUUUUUGGAAGAGCUACAGUUACAGGUGUUACCAUGCCUCCGUCUAACAUGGCACCCCAGCCCAUUGGAUUUGCGGCUGGUCUGCAAGCGGCCGAGGACAGGAUCACAUCACUCCAGCAAACAGGCCGUGUGUCUGCUGCCCAGCCCAUCUUAGCUGUGGAAAGCUUCAUUGUGGAGCUUACGUCAGAUAGCUGGUUUGACAUGCAUUGCCUCGUUCUAAAAGACGACCCAAGUGGACUGUUGCUGCAUACUUUUGGCCAACCAACACCUGUACCUGCUGAGUUCAUUGCUGAAAUGCAAGACAGGACACCCGCUGACUACCCGCUUCGUUGGUGUGGCCUCGCAGUCACAGUUGGGGAAGUGGCAAGCCCUCGUCUGGUGGUACCACAGUCUGAGUGGAGAGCAAUACUUGGUGGCAUUCCCGAUUCACAGUUGGUUAGUUCUGCCGCUUGUGCCCUGGCCUCCAUGUACAGAAGGGCAUUACGUCGGUGACCUUGAAGUUGGAACUUCUACUUGCUUGUUUUGUGUCAGCUUGUAUAAAAAGUUGCCUUGCA